CUUUCUAAAAAUGAGUUCAAAAAGUGCUAAGUGGACAAGUGAUCAAAUUAUUGAAUUCCUGGAGGUGUAUGGAAACUAUCCUGUACUGUGGAACUCGGGUUUGAGGAAUUUAAGAGAUGCCGGAUUUAAAGGUUUGGUAGACCAAUUGAAAACCAAUUUUCCCGACAUCACCUUGGAUGUGGUAAGAGCCAAAAUAAAACUAAUCAAAACCAUUGUCAGCCAAGAAUGCAUUAAAAUUGCGAAAUCCAAAAAAUCUGGUUCAGCUGCAGAUGAACUGUACGAACCUAAACUUAGCUGGUUCCAUGCUGCAAAGUUUUUAAUGGGUCGUUCGUCCAGCAGACCUUCUACUUCAACUCUGGAUAAGGAAUUCCAAAUUCUGCCCACACUUACUGACGCAUCUGGGACUGACAAUAUAGAGGAUGUGGAUUCUCCAAGUUCUCCAAUUGUUCAACCACAACAAAAAAUAACUAAAUCUCAAACACCUGGAAUGCAUCCUCCACGCUCCAAAAAGCAAAAAAUAUCCGAAAUACGUGCUGUUGAACACAUAGUUGAUAAACUACAUGUAAUAUCGCAAAACGUUAAGCCAGCUGGCAAAAAUGGUUCUGUUAGACACACUAGUGAUGAACUGUCUCAUUUUGGAGAGUACGUUUCAGCACAAUUGGGGCAAUUAAACCCAAUCGAUUCUCUUAAGGCUCAAAAAGCUAUCCAAGACAUUCUUAUAACUGCAAGAAUGGAAUCAUUGAAUUGAAACAUGCAAAUUCACAGAUAUUAUUCACCAUCACCAACCAUAGCUACCUCUGUAUCUGGAUCUGACAGAACUGAUGUGGAAGAUAUUCAUCACCAAGAAAAUUCA